CGCCUGUGACGAUCUUGUGGCUUGGGUGAAGCAAAAACUUUUUAUAAAGGCAGCCUUUUCUGUUUUUAUUCUUCCUCCCUUUUUCUACGUCAAGGUUAAUUUAGUAUGGUCAGAGUUUCCGUCUUGAAUGAUUGUUUAAACAGCAUCAACAAUGCUGAAAGACGCGGCAAGCGUCAAGUCUUGGUUCGUCCUUCUUCUAAAGUCAUUGUCAAAUUCUUGUCUGUUAUGCAAAAGCAUGGCUACAUUGGCGCUUUCGAAAUUGUUGAUGAUCAUCGUAGCGGCAAGAUUGUCAUCGAAUUAAACGGACGCUUGAACAAGUGUGGUGUCAUCUCUCCCCGUUUCAACAUCAGAUUGGUUGAUCUCGAAAAGUGGACAGCCAACUUAUUGCCUGCUCGUCAAUUCGGUUACCUUAUCUUGACUACCUCUGCUGGAAUCAUGGACCACGAAGAAGCUCGUCAGAAGCAUGUUGGUGGCAAGAUUCUCGGUUUCUUUUAUUAA